GGUCAGUGACUCUCAUCAUCGAUGCUUCUCUCUCUGAAAUCAAUAAAGAUAUAUUAAAACACAUAUAUUUAAACAAGCGAAAAAACAACAGUGCUUGGCAGGUAGUAAUAUGUGUCAGUGUUUGUUGAACCGCUUGAGUGUGUAUUUUAAUGGGGUGGCUCUGACUGCAGAGAACAGAGGCACAGGGGCAGAUGCGAGGACGUCCCGCAGUAAGUCACCCAGCUGAGCGUGACGGGGCCCGAGCCGGAGCGGCUGCGGGGACGGUGCAGCCAGCAGGAUUUGCUGGAGGACGGGACUUGGAAUGAGGGAGAAAGGAGACUCCAUAGAGGUGACUCCCAGGGUGUUUUGCCUGAACGGCUGGAAGAAGGGGGUGGCUGUUUACCGAGGGACAGACAGGAGCCAGUUUCUGAGGGGAAUCGAGGUGUCUGUUAGGUAAGGGGGCAGAUCGGCAGAGCGGCCGGUUGUAGACCUGGGCCUGGGGUCAGUGUCCAGGCCCGGGGAUGGCGGAUUGGAAGGGAUUCGCGUUUGGGGCUGUGGGAACGCGUGAGCUCGCCACGGCUGAGCAUCCGUAGGGAAGAGGUCUGACCACCCCCCGGGACACGUAAAAAGAUGGUCGUCGUUACUCAGGAAGAUACCACAAAGAAAAACCAUAGGAUCCGCUGCACACCUACUGGAGCGGCUCGGACAGACGAAACAACAAGAAAAGCCGUGGCAACACCGAACGCUGACCAGCGGGGAACAGUGUAAUGUUCAGGCUCAGAGAUGCCUUAUGUGGAUCGUCAGAAUCGCAUUUGUGGUUUCCUAGACAUUGAAGAAAAUGAGAACAGCGGGAAGUUUCUUCGGAGGUACUUCAUAUUGGAUACCAGAGAAGACAGCUUUGUGUGGUACAUGGAUAAUCCACAGAACCUCCCUUCGGGAUCAUCACGUGUUGGAGCCAUUAAACUUACCUACAUCUCAAAGGUUAGCGAUGCCACCAAGCUACGGCCAAAGGCGGAGUUCUGCUUUGUCAUGAACGCGGGCAUGCGGAAGUACUUCCUGCAAGCUAACGACCAGCAGGACCUGGUAGAGUGGGUGAAUGUGUUGAACAAAGCUAUAAAAAUUACAGUACCAAAGCAGGCAGACGCACAGCCUCACCCUGAGAACCCGGGUCGCCUCGGUGACUGCGGAAAGAAGCAGGUGUCCUACAGGACUGACAUUGUCGGGGGGGUCCCCAUCAUCACCCCCACCCAGAAAGAAGAAGUCGGCGACUGUGCUGAAGGAGUGGACAGGAGUCACCUGAAGCGGUCCCAGAGCCACCUCCCUUACUUCUCUCCCAAGCCGCCCGCUGACAGCGCCGUCAUCAAGGCCGGGUAUUGUGUCAAACAGGGCGCUGUGAUGAAAAACUGGAAGAGAAGAUAUUUUCAGCUGGAUGAAAACACAAUAGGCUACUUCAAGUCCGAGCUGGAAAAGGAGCCUCUCCGCGUGAUACCCCUGAAAGAGGUUCAUAAAGUGCAAGAGUGCAAGCAGAGUGACAUAAUGCUGAGGGACAACCUCUUUGAAAUCGUAACAUCGUCGCGAACCUUCUAUGUGCAGGCCGACAGCCCUGAAGAGAUGCACAGCUGGAUCAAGGCCGUCUCAGGGGCCAUCGUGGCGCAGCGGGGGCCCGGCCGGUCAGCGCCUUCCGAGCGUCCCACCUGUCCCGAGUCCAGGCCCGCGCUCCGCUCUGCCAGUGCCGCCGCCUCACGCCCCCCAGCCGCUCGCAGCCACUCUCUGGUCUCCAGCUGUGCCCUGGAGAAGCGAGGAUUUUGCGAGUCUCUUGCCAAGGUCAAGCCAGGGAACCUCCAGGUCCAGACUGUCUCUGCAAGAGACCCAGCUCCCAAAGUGACUGGAAAAGCCCUGCCACAGCCUCCGAGUGAAAACGGCCCUCAGGAAAGCGACCGCGGCCCCGUGGACCUGGACGACGCGAGCCUCCCGGUCAGUGACGUGUGAGGCGGGAGCACCGGGGGCCCGCCCGCCUCGCCAGCCCCUCGGCUUCCUCCCGGAGGCUUCCAGCCAAAGAUGAGAAAACGGUGACUUCAUUUUAGCGCCUCCGCGGCGCGGCCUCGAGGAUGUGCUCGUCCUAAGCUGGCGCAGCAGGGGUCCGGGGAGAGGCCAGGAAAGAAGGAAAUCUGAGUGUCUACCUGUCUGAAGUGAAUGAAUACGUGUGUGUGAUGUUUUUUCCUGGUGAAUUUGACAAUUUAAAUGUUUAUCAAUUUAAAACAUUGAAAAUGCUUAUUAAUUAUCCUGGUCAUUUUAAAAAUGCUACUAUGACUUCCUUUUAGACGGUCGAUACUUACAGUCCUACCGGUUAAUGUUAUUGAAUGAAAUGCUACCAGACGGACACCUGAGCCCACAGUGUGGUUUUGUCCUGUCUGUACCACGGUGGGCUGUUCUGACAGGUGACCCUGCCCGACGCCCUGGUCUGCAGGCGAGUGAGUGGUGAGCUUGGUGUAGAGGAUAUUGUUGGACUGACGGUGGUGGGGGUUGGGGGUUGUACUGGGUGGAGAAAAGGGGGAAAGUAAAUUUUAAACAACUGCAUCUUGGACAUUUGCUUGGAAAGGUUGACGAGACUGGCAGUCAUUGCUCUUCUCAGCGGACACGGGUGCAGAGUUUCUGGGAGCCCUGAUUUGCUUGUGACAGUUUUCUACACUGUACAGUUCUUAUUUCUGUAUUGGGGUCUGUGAGAGGCCCCGAGUCUAUAUAUAGACACUUCCCUCCUCCUGCGACGUGGCCUCAGCCUGUCACCAACAGCCUCUGUUCAAGUGCCUGUGUCUCGUCUCGUCACUGUGCGCGUCCUAGUGACUGGCUUCGACCAUCAGGGUAAAACCGGGGGCCCGGUUCAGUGUCGAACAAGCUGCACCCUUUCAUGGUAGAGAUAGCGGAUGCUGGGGCUCACUGCCUGUGCAGUGCUUGCUUUAAAACGGGCCUGAGCGCACACUGAGUUGUGGGGACGGAUAGCGACAAGCUCCUCUGGAAGUCCUAGCUCGAGCGGCUGGGCAACGGACCGGUUUGAGCGAUGCCCUGCGGCCCCGUCCUAAACGCCUGCUUUAAAAAUAGUCUUGAAUGUCACAUGCUGCUAUUUUUAUGACAUUUUACCAUUUUGUUUUGAAUUCACACAUGUCCUGUCUCCCCUGUUCAUUUUCUAAGACGAGUUUUUGUCUGAGAGAGAGAGACAGACAGACAGAUGCUUCCUGCUGCUGUCGUGGGUCCGGAGGCCACUGCAUCACACUGGCUGCCCCAGCAUCAGCCUCAAACCCAGAGGCGUCGAGCCUGCACCGCCUCCUCCUCCUCAUAAGCUAAUGGUUUUAAGGCUGCAUUCAGAGUUUCCCUUCCGCAGCUGCAUGUGGGAGCGAUAGACCGAAAGGCUGCGAGCGGCUCUCGGUCUCCCCAUCCUAGCCUCUCCCAGAUUCAGAGCCCCGGGAGCGCCCGUGUGGACCGUGUGACGUUCAGGAGCCUCAGGCCGAGCUCUCGCAGCAGCUUCCACAUCGCAUGUCUGUUUGGUGUAUUUUGGUAAUUUGGUAUAUUUCAUAGCGGCAAAGUACUUUCUCUAUUUUGGGACUUUCUAUGGAACUACCCUUGUACUCAGUAGCAUAGGAAAAUGUUCUUGUGAUUUCUGGGGUCCUCUGAUAUUUAUCUCAAUACUUUUAUAAUUCUAUGAAAAUUAUUUAAUAUUUUAAAACUUACACUUUUCUUGUAAAUAUAUCACAUCUGAGUUGUCAAAUUACUUUGAACACCCUCCUGUUUGCUGCAUUUUUUCUGUACCCGUAAACGUGUCUUCAGAGCGGGACCCUGUGUGCUCCCGUGUUUACUUCACCUGCCGCCUUGCCGUGUCCCGUGGUGGAGUCGAAACGACCCACGAACAAACUGCUCAGAAUUAACUCUAAGGUUUCCUGUUGGUCUGGCUGUGCCCUUGUGUGAACAGGUAAAUAGAACCAGUACAAACGCCUUUGGUUAA